UAUAUGGUUCAGACAAUCCCAAGGAAAGCAUGGCACCAUCCGUGACAUUAUAUGUGGUCCUCUCACUUUACUUACAGCUGGGCGAGCCCUGUGGUAUAUCAACACAUAUAGAGAUAGCUCACAGAGGUCUGGAGUAUUUUAAUGAAGAAAAUGGAAAAGUGAAUUACAGAGAGUUAUUGCAGAAACAUCCUGAUGCUUUCCAAGCUGGAAGUGUUUAUCCGGACACCUUCUAUCAGGGUCUGUGCAAGAACGGGCGAUAUCACGAUGUGUCAGAAGACUCUCAUUGGACACCAUUCUUGGAGACUAGUGUUAAGUAUGUAAGGAGAACACAUCCACUACCCUGGAAUGAGGAAGCUCAGAAACUAGUAGCCUUCCUGUUUGGUAUAGCCUCUCACAUGGUCGCUGAUGUCAGCUGGCACAGCUUGGGGAUUGACCAAGGCUUCUUAAGAGCUAUGGCAGAAAUUGAUUUUCAUGGUUCAUACUCUGAAGCACAUCAGGCUGGUGAUUUUGGUGGUGAUGUGCUCAGUCAAUAUGAAGUUAAUUUUGAUUAUUUACAGAAAAAAUGGUAUAUACCGGUGAAGGACCUUGUAAAUAUAUAUCAGGAGCUUUAUAACAAAACGGUCAUCACAGAGAGUGUAAUCAUUGAGUGCACCUACAUACUUUUUCUUGAACUAUAUGGGGAAUAUAUGGCUGUUUCCAAGCUUUACUCAACAUAUGGUAGAAAGUCGCCCUUCCUUGUGGAGAGAUUCCAUGAAUAUUUUCUUGGUGGCGUGGAUGAUAUGGCUGCUUGGUCGACAAACAUAUUUCAUGUAAUGAGCUUCCUGCUAGACAAUGGUACCAGCAACUGCUACUUGCCUGAAAAUCCUGUCUUCAUACAGUGCAAUGUACAGAAGAGAAACUUCAAUCUUCCAGGAAAAAUACGAGUACCGAACAAUGAAUCCUACAGAGACUCCAAUUCAUCUAUGGCAUUAAUAGGGACUGAUAUCAUCUCAAAAGAAUCCGGGGUCUAUUACCAACUAAAUGAAUGGGCAGAGAGCUCAAUGCAACUUCUAUCCAGUGCCAUCCAAGCUGCAAAUAUAAAAAACAUGCUUAAAUUUCAGUAUUCAAACCAUAUUUACACACCGUCAGCUACUUACUUUGUGAAUUCUCCGUAUUCCAGACUGGGAUGGACAGUCACCAAAGGUGAUCUUAACAAUGAUGGCUGGGAGGACUUAGUUGUAGGAGCCCCAGGAUGCAGCACUUUAGGCCAUGUUCAAGUUGGCUGUGUGUAUAUCAUCUACAGUAAAGAUUCAGGAAUUCCUUCUGAUGACAUGGACCUAGAUAAGGAUGCAGAUGUAUUGCUCAGAGGCUUUGAGUCCGCUGGCAGAUUUGGCUCUUCUGUGGCAGUAUUGGACUUCAAUGUUGAUGGACAUCUAGAUCUGGCUGUGGGAGCCCCAUCUGUUGGGUCUAGGCAACUUACAUACACAGGUUCUGUGUACGUGUAUUAUGGGUCAAAGGAAAAUGGGAUUUCAUCUCAACCAAAUGUCACCAUAAAAUGCAAAUUUUCAUAUUGCAAUUUUGGAUGGACGCUAUACUCUGCUGAUGUGAAUAGAGACAAGAAGCUUGACCUAAUAGUCGGCUCCCCUUAUGCACCUGGUGGAGGAAAGCAGAGAGGUUUAGUGGCUGUAUUUUAUGCAAGUCAUAGAAGAUCUACACAAGGCAGUUUAUAUGUGGAAGAAGCUGACUGGAGUAUGUCUGGUGAACAGGACUAUGCCUGGUUUGGUUAUUCCAUUCAUAGCCAUAUAUACAAGAGCAAAACAUUGCUAGUGAUCGGGAGUCCCACCUGGAGUUCAUGCAAGAGACGUUACUGUGAAAAUGCACAAAGUUUAGGGAAAGUGUAUGGAUUCUACCCACCAAGUAAAAACACAUCUUUCAUUCUGCAUGGAAAUGAGGACCAGAGUAAGAUGGGCACAUCAUUUGCAAGUGGGACUCUGGCUGUGAAUGGAGAAAGCAAACAAGUGCUGAUGAUAAGUGCACCUACACAAAACACAAAGUCGAAGGUGGUGUUUAUAUCAAGUGUACUGAAGCAUGCAGGUACGACAACCGCAUAUGAACUGAAAAGGAAGGCUGAUCCAUCACCCCUCGGCACACUCAGGGGAGACAGGGAGUUUUCACGAUUUGGAACCAAACUACAUUUAAGGGACCUGGAUGAAGACGGUCUUGAUGAAAUCAUUGUGACCUCACCUCUAAGGACCGGUGACAUUACUUCCACGAUGUUUGGUUCCCAGACAGGUCGAGUAUAUAUCUAUAAUGGAAAUACCACCUCUACAGGAUUGCUAACAGGAAGAUGCAAGUCUUUGUUUUCGCCGUGUCCAGAUGACUGGGCACAGUAUGUUCUGGUUUCUCCUGAAGAAAAAGCCAGGUUUGGAAGUGCGGUCACCACCAUCAAAUCAAAGCAUAAGAAACAGGUUGUGGUAGCAGCUAUAAGAAGCUCCAGGAAUGCAAGACUGGCUGGAAGCCUCUACAUCUACAACCUAUACUGAAUCUUCUCAUUACUGAAGACCUUGAAGUCGGAAGCACUAUGCAGAUCUGGACAGGUUACAAACUGAAAAAAAGUUAUAAUACUAAUAAAAUAAGCCAAUGCAAAAUAUGAAAAACUAGUUGGAGAAGAAAGACCUCAUCUAGAAUGGGAAAAGACCCUUCUGCCACAGAUGUCCUCCAGGACUUUCAGAGGAAACUAUUAAAGCUGUUGGCCACUUUAUAAUAAAUGUAUCUAUGUGAAUAUAUAAUGGAAAGUUGUAAAGAUUACUUAGAGUUUUGAUCCCGUUGCCCUUCUGACAUGUACUAUCCAUAAACCUCCCUCCGGUCAAUGGUCAUGCGUUGCUUCACAUCAAUGCGACGUUACGCCCCGAGGAAGGGCGGCACCGCACAAUCAUGUUCAAUGCAUGGUCCAGAACUUUGGAUUCUACUGCGCAUGUCCCGAAUUCCCUGUGUCAUCAUCCAUUGUACAAGCACAGAUUUCCCUGGUUGGGGCGUGAGCAGCAGAAUCAGUGUAUUCUGUAGAAAAGGGCUGUUCACGCAGAAUUGUUUGCAGUUGAUUUUGAUGCUUUUUCCAUCUGAAAAUAAGCUCCAAAAACACUGCAAGCAAUCCACCUCCCAUUAAUUUCAAUGGGAAAAACGCACCAUUUUCUUUUUUCUACUUAAAGGGAC